UACAAGCCCUGUGUGCGAAAACGUGCACGGCGGGCACGCCAGUUGAAGCCACGCGACCACGACGGCACACUCCGACGAUAUCACCCCCGAAUGAGGUCGAAAUCCGUGGCCAGGCGGCUCGCCAAAGGCAGUAGCGACGAUGGAGGUGGCGGCGGUGGCGACACGGACGCCGGCCGGAGCGACGACGAGCGUUCGUUGUCAAGUGACAGUAGCAGCGGUGGCGGCGGCGGCGUCGUCGUCGUCGGAGACGGUUGCCGGAGCCGGAGCAGCAGCGCAAACAGCAACAACAACAACGGGAAAAAAGACACGAUUGCGGCUGUGGACGAGGUCGGUGGCGUCAUCGGCGCGGGUUUGAACAACAGUUUCAACUUUUUCGAGCUGCCGGCCAACGCGGCCACCAUGCCGUACAACUUGGAGUUGCGGAACGCUGGGGCGAGCGGCGUCUGGACAAAGACACAGCUCCCCAAAGGUGUCAAGUACGGUCCGUUCCUGGGCAAAUGGGGCCCGAAGCCGGUGGACUCGCGGUUCGCCUGGGAGGUUCGCAUCGCUGGGUACUCUGGAUACUUGGACGGGACGAUUGAAAUCUGUAAUUGGCUGAAAUUCGUUAGAUCCACGAACGACUGUAGUAGACAAAACGUACGAGCGUUCUUGUUGGCCGGACAGAUAUUUUACGAAUUGACACAAACAGUCAAAGCUUCAGAAGAACUACUGUUGGGCAAGAGAGAGCCGCUUAAUUUAGACGCAGCAUUUGGAGAAUUAAUGACCACGUCUGCAGAGGAUCGGAGUGAAAGAGAUUCGGUCGUCGCGUCGCAGAACUCACUGGGAUCGAUCGACGGCGACGGAGACGUGGACGUGGACGCCGAGGAGCCGGACGAAGACGACCAAAAUCGGUGCAUCUUGUGCGAGAAGUGUUUUCCCGACAUCGAACAGCUCGAUGAUCACCUGGUGUCUGGUCACCACUACAAGGCAAGUCAGUACGGGUGUGAGCUGUGCCCGCAGUCUUACAGCUGGAAGCCGUGCCUGAUCCGGCACCUAGCUUUGGCCCACAGCCGAAAGUUCACGUGCGAGACCUGUUCCAAGGUGUUCAGCGACCCGAGCAACCUGCAGAGGCACAUCCGGACCAAUCACGCGGGUGCCCGGUCGCACGCCUGUUCCGAGUGCGGCAAAACGUUCGCCACGUCCAGCGGCCUCAAGCAGCACACGCACAUACACUCCAGCGUGAAGCCGUUCCAGUGCGAAGUCUGUUUCAAGGCGUACACUCAGUUCUCAAACCUCUGCCGGCAUAAGAGGAUGCACGCCGACUGCCGCAUGCAAGUAAAGUGUGACCGGUGCGACCAGUCGUUCAGCACGGGCACGUCCCUGUCCAAACACAAGCGGUUCUGCGAGUCGAACCCGUCGCCGUCGCCAUCGUCGCUCACGACGUCCGGCGUGGCUGCCGGUGGCGGAAUGUCAUCGUUACAGCAGCAACCCGGGGCCGCGGCCACCGCCGGGUCUUCGCCGUUCGCCGUCUACCCGCGGUUCCCGCUGUACCCGCCGCACCCGCUCGUCCACCCGUUCUACUUCCCGCUGGCAAACGGAUCACUGCCACCACCGCUAUUCCCAUCACCGUUCGGUCAGUUUGCGCCCAAGCUGAACAUGGACAUGCUGUCGCUGUCCAACGCCGUCGAGAUGUGCAACAACCGGUUCAAGAGGUCUGCAGGCGAAUCGGAACAUAACGAAACGCCCGCUAAGCGGUCGUCAUCGUCGUCGUCGUUCAACGCCGGCCAGAAGACUCCGCCGCCACAGCCGCCGACGUCGUCCGGCGUGGCUAUGCUGCUGGGCUCGAGCAAGACGUCGCCGCUGGUCGGCGAAGAGGCGUCAUCCAACCAGCGGCCAUCGCCGGCCCGCCCCAGUGCCACGUACCCUGACCCCAAAGUGCACGUCAAGCGGCAGCCGUCCGGGGACGAAGAUUGCGGCCCGUGUGACCUGUCCGUUAACACUGACAUUCUGUGCAACGGUGGCGGUUCAGCGGAUGAGUUGACAACGGACGACAGUGCUGGCGGACGCCGGUCGUCGGACGAUGAUGGAUCGCCGUGCCGAUCGGCGGACCAGCCGCUGGACCUGUCUGUAACGAAAAUUCAGCGCCGGCGAAAAAAGUCGCCGACGGCCGUCCGCGUACCACCGCGGGACGAUAGCCCGCGCGCCGAGAAUACCGGUGGGCGACCAGAGCAGCGCGGCCGCAAGUGGUCGCCGCCGUCUUCGACCCCGCCUCCACCACCACCCCCGCCACCACCACCGCCGCCGAGACCAUCGUCGUCGUCGCCGUACUCGGUCAGCAACCUGAUGGCCUACCCCAAACCGCUGUACUUGGACUCGAUGUAUCCAGCUACACUGUCCGGGUUCGCAGAGAGUCAGCUGCAGCACAUGCAGGGGCAUCAGCCUUUCGGGCCGUCUGCCACCAGGGCGUUUCCGUUCAUGUCCAGCUCGUCGCCGGCCAUCGAACACUUUCUCAGGCAGCCCAUGCCCAACUACUCGAAAUCGUACCAAGACAUCAUCCAGCAGCAUCAGAACCAUCACGGACAGCACCAGAACCAGCACGGACAGCAUCAGAACCAGCACGGGCAGCAGCAGCAGCUCCAACAGCAGCAGCAGCACGUCAAGUCCAAGGACAGGUACGCGUGCAAGUACUGCGGCAAGGUGUUCCCGCGCAGCGCCAACCUGACCAGGCACGUGCGAACGCACACGGGCGAACAGCCGUACCGGUGCGCGCACUGCGAACGGUCGUUCAGCAUAUCGUCCAACCUACAGCGGCACGUGCGCAACAUCCACCGGCAGGAGCGCAAUUUCAAGUGCAAUCUGUGCAACCGGCGGUUCUCGCAGCAAACCAAUCUGGACCGGCACGUCAAGAAGCACGAGGCGGAUGACGGUACCGCCGUCGGCACCGUCACCAGCAGUUCGGCGAGCAGCGUGGACGAGAAGGAGGACCCCAGGCUGUUCGAGAUCCGGAGCUUCAUGAAGAAGGUGAGCGAUCACGGGUCUGCGGCCGCGGCCGCCGCCGCCGAGAUGCAGAACAACAACGUGGUGGUGGACCCGUGCGGUCUGCAACAGCCCGACGACGGUCUUCAGUACGCGGCCCACUUAUGACCCGUGGCUCCGCCGCUCUAUUUGAAUUGGGCCCGUUGACCGGCCGGCCCUACAUGGCCCUCCGCGAUGCGAUAUCGCUUCGACGUCGUCGUCGUCGUCGUCGUCAUGGCAUAAAAAAAAAAAAAAAACAUCAUUGUAAUAUUAUAUAUGUCAUAUCGUCACAAAUCUCCCGAGUACCUCCACACGCAUAUUAUAUUAUACAUAUUAUUAUUAUUACUAUUAUUAUAUUAUAUAUUAUUAAUAUAUUAUUAUAGGUCCUGUCCUCUGUCGUUCGUUUCUUCUCUAUAUUUGUUUAUAUUUAUUUAUUUAUUUAUUUCGUCGUCGUCGUCGCAAGUCCGCCACCGGUCACCGCUCGCAACAGAGAGUGUCGUCUCGGCGUUUUCCAUUCGAUUCACCCAUCACACGGCGGGUACUAUAUUGUUAUCGUGAUGAUAAUAAUAUUAUGUAAUGAUCAAUUUUAUACGUCA